CAGAUUUUGGAAUGCGAGUGGUUCGACGAUCUGGAUAUAGGAGCAGACAAGCUAGAGCUGACAUUCAUGUGUCCUCUGCUGAUCUCCCACGGCUUAAUGUUUGCAUGGGCUGGGUACAAGCUGACCUACCGUGUAAAGAAAUGUCAAUUCAAUCCUUCCGGUUACAAAGUGGUGUUAACCGACAUAGCAAACAGUGUGAAGCAAUACGUGAGACCCCGUAGCUACCAGGAAGUACACUCGUAUUAACAAAUGCCAAACAACUCAACAGUUUACCAUUAAGAAUUUCCAUGCUGUAUGUAGGGAGUUCAUAAAUGCCCAGUAGGGAGACAAAAAUACUUUGUGCAUGCUAUUGUUGACUCAGGAUUGGACAAUAAUAGGUCUUUAUCAUUAAUCAUUUGUAUGAUCAGUAUACACAUGGUUUAA